GCAUUCAAUCAACCAAUGACAUUUGGGAUUAUAGGUUCACCACAGUGCGUGAACUCACACAAACGAAUUGACAAUUAUUUCAAGCCGAACACCCCUGCUGAUGCAACCUGGGCUCAAAACCACAGCCUCUGGAUGGAGCUGCCAACUCGACCGACACUUUUUGAUUUCCAAGGCAUUUCCAUGAUCAAAUAUUUCACUGACAACUGGGAAAACAUCCAGAACUUUGAGGCCAGACCAGAUGAUAUUCUUAUAGCCAGUUACCCUAAAGCAGGAACCACAUGGGUUUGCUACAUGCUGGAUCUCCUGUACUUUGGCAACAUGUGUCCAGAGCGUCAGACUUCUGUUCCUCUGCAUGAGAGAGUGCCCUUCUUGGAGAUCUGUGCACCGCCUCGACCCAAAGGAACAGACCUGGCAGAUCAACUCUCCACUUCUCCUCGUCUCAUUAAAACUCAUCUACCAGUCCAGUUUGUACCAAAGUCUUUCUGGGAGCAGCGCUGUAGAAUUGUCUAUGUGGCUCGUAAUCCAAAAGACAGCGUUGUGUCUCACUACCACUUCAGCCGCGUGAACAGGAUCCUUCCUGAAGUGGGAGACUGGAGCACCUUCCUGCAGGACUUUAUGGAGGGAAAGAUGGUGUUUGGAUCGUGGUACGAACAUGUAAACAGCUGGUGGGAGAAGAAACAGACUUAUUCAAAUCUUCACUACAUGUUUUAUGAAGAUUUGUCUGAGAACUUUGGACGAGAAACAGACAGACUUUGCUCCUUCCUCGGCUUAUCUCCAUCAGCUGAAGAAAAGGAAAAAGUCAGAGCUGCAGUCAUGUUUGACAACAUGAAACAGGAUAAAAUGGCAAACUUCUCCUCCACUAUCCAAACAAUGAACCAAGAUGUGUCUCCUUUUAUGAGAAAAGGAAAAGUGGCAGACUGGAAGAACCAUUUCACCGUGUCCCAGAACGAACACUUUGAUGAAGACUACAAGCAGAAAAUGAAGAACCAUGCUUUGUGCUUUCGUACAGAAAUAUAGAGGUUUAACUGCUGGUAACUGAGUCCAGAAAACUGACAUUUGAACAGUCAGUUAGAAAGCUGAGAACAAGUAUUCAUCCACAGCUAUUUAAGAGAUUAGUGACUUGACAUACAGUCUUUAAUCUGACUUUAAAAAAAUGUCAAUUUCUAAAUGCUCUCUAUGUAUUAAACACGGUGGUGGAGGAAUAAACAUAUGAACAUC